AUGAUGGCGCCAUCAGAUUCCAAGAUUCCAAGAUUGGCCUCCUUUAGAGGGAGUGCAAUACCAGUGAAACAAUUACCCCGUGUUACCUCCACCAAAGGAAUUCUUUCAGAGCUAGAUGUUAAUGAACCAACUCUCAAAUCAAGUUUCUCAGAAAAAGAACUUAAACAGGAUCUGCAAUUCAAAAAACCGAGGUUUCUGGAUGAUGAUAAUAUUAUUAACAACAAUAACAACAACAACAACAAUAAUAAUAAUAAUAGUAAUAAUAGUAAUAAUAAUAAUAAUAACGGCAAUGUCAGUAGCAUUUCCGGAGCAUUCAACAAAAAAAGAUCGUUUUCCCUGGGAAUACCCAUUCCGAGCUCUGGUAGCUUCAAUGGAAACAAGUCAGGGUUGAACAGAAGCACUUCGCUACUGUUUGCAAAUCGAGCUAAGAGUGACGGAUCGCGAAGCUUUAGCACUGGAUCGGGAAAUAUUUUAGCGAGUCCAGCUAAUCUUGAUAUUAAUCACCUGAAGAAAAUGAAUGAUACUGAUCUGACAAUGACUUUGAAGAACAACACCACUCCUAGAUCACCUUUCAGUAUAGGGGGUAUAGAAUUUGAAAAAAAAUUGGAGUUACAGAAAUUGAACCGCGAUUGUGAAGUUAAAGAGAAAGAAUUAUCGGAAUUACAGAACGAUGUGAUGAUUCUACGGACUCAUAAAAAUGAAUAUGAAUUAGAAAAUCUGAAAUUAAACGAUUUGGUGGAAGAUUUGCGCGAGACCUACGCCCAGAAUGAGAGGGAUUAUAAAGAAAUGGGAGACACCAAAGAACGAAAGUUGGUAGAAUUGCAAGAAAGAUUCAAAUAUGAGUUAGACAAGUUGGACUUAGCGAAACAGCAUGAGGAAUUGGCUAUGCAAGAGAACUAUGAAUCAUUGAUCAAUGAUGAGCUAAUAGAGGAGAUUGAGAAUCAAAGAAACCUGUUACGGGAAAAGCUAUCGGAUUUGCGAAGUCUUUGGAAUAAUAGAGAUAUAGAAUUACAGAGCACUUUGAAGAAUAUGGACCGUGCGUACUAUCAAAAUGAACGAGAAUUUUUAGCGCAGCGAGAGAAAGAGAUGGGCAAUUUAAAGAAGGAAGCUUAUAGCAUUGAUAGUGAAAUUGCGCUGAUCAAACAAAAUAUCAAUCAACUUGAUCUGAAAAUGAAAAGUAAUACUACGAAAAUGAGUCAAAACUCCUUCUUAGUGGCUAAAUAUGUGGGGAUUACUGAAAACUUGGAUCAAUCAACAAUAAACUUGAAAAAUGAGUGUCGAAAUUUAAAUCAUCAACACAACCAACAAGAUCAGAGAAUCAAAGAAAUCCAGAAGUAUAUUGAGUAUUCCAAGGUUCACCAACAAAAUCUUCGGCAACAAUUGAUUGAAGAAGAGGCGAAUCGUCGGAAACUCCACAAUAGACUUCUCGACCUAAAAGGGAAUAUCAGGGUUUUCUGUAGAGUAAGGCCUCCAAAGGAUACUAAUGAGGCUCUAGAAAUGCAUUUCCCUGAUGCUUUUGAAGAAGGUGGAGAAAUUGUUUUGAAAAACGAAAAUCAAAGGGGUUCAAGCUCCGCCAAAUUUUUAACAUUCAAUUUUGAUAAAGUCUUCUCUCAAUCUUCAAACAAUACUGAUAUUUUUGAAGAAAUCUCCCAACUCGUCCAAAGCGCUUUAGAUGGAUACAAAGUUUGUGUUUUUGCCUAUGGACAAACUGGCUCGGGAAAGACUUAUACCAUGUCAUCUAAAGAGGAUGGGAUGAUUCCAAGAGCCGUGCACCAAAUUUUCCAAACCAGUGAGGCUCUCAAAGAUAAAGGUUGGGACUAUAAUAUUUCGGGUCAAUUUUUGGAAAUUUAUAACGAAACCAUAAAUGAUUUACUUCAGCGGCCAGCAUCAGUAUUGCUGAGAAACGUUGGGUCUGUUCCUAAUAGUCCAUCUAAGAAAUCAAAAUAUGAGAUUCGUCAUGAUGCAGCAUACGAAAGGACCACUGUCACUAAUGUCACAGAAAUUGAAUUGACUUCCCCUGGAAUGUUGAAUGAUAUCCUUGUGAAGGUGAAUAAUAACAAAUCCGUGGCCGCCACCAAGGCAAACGAACACUCUUCAAGAUCCCACAGUAUUUUUCGAAUUAUAAUUAGAGGUGCAAAUCAUGUUACAGGUGAAUCCUGUGAAGGAUUGCUUAACUUGAUUGAUUUGGCUGGUAGUGAACGAUUAUCGCAUUCUCAGGUGACUGGUAGCAGACUUAAAGAAACCCAAGCGAUCAACAAGAGUUUAAGCUGCUUGGGGGACGUCAUAUAUGCUUUAGGGAACCAGAAUUCCAGUCAUGUUCCUUUUAGAAAUAGUAAAUUGACAUAUUUAUUACAGUACUCGCUUAGUGGAAGCUCUAAAACGUUAAUGUUUGUGAAUAUUUCUCCGGACAAGAGCCAUUUUUCGGAGACGAUAAAUUCGUUGAGAUUUGCCGCUAAGGUUAAUUCUACAAAAGUUGCUAAGAGAUAG